UCAAACGUUACACGGAUGGCAUUUCACGGAGCGCAUAGACUAGUUUUCUCGAUCGCAUCGCGACGACUGGGUCACGUUAUCGGCCCGUCGAAUACCUUCCCUCCAGAACUAUCGAGGCGUCGCGUCGUGAUAGCGCGUGAUCGCGAGCGACGCACGAAUCGUGCUAGACGCCCGCGCCAGUUCGACGCUCGAUCGCGCGGCGUCUGGACUUGGAGCGUCGUUUUCGUUUCUAUUUAGCGUACAGAGAAACGUGAAACGUUUCUCGAUCGUGUUCGAGACGCGAUUUUCGUUCGUGCAGCGUUGUCAGGGCGUUAUUCGCGCGCGAUCCGAGAUGAGCGAGCGACCCUGGUAUUCGCUACGGCGUGACGGCGACUCGAGGAUGAUGAUGUAUAAGCAGGCGGAGUUUGAGGACGAGGACAGCAGCAGCAUCGGGUCCGUAGCUCUCAACAGCGAGGGCAUCAGCACGUCCGCGACUCAUAUUAGAUAUCGUUCGGUACGUUUCAAGGGGACGUCGCUGUGGAGAGCGAGAAGCACGCUGGAGAGAUGCCUGUUUAUCAUUUGCAUCGGCCUAUUGCUGAUGGUCGUGUUGCUGUCGAUAGUUAUCAGCAGCAAGAACGGCUGGGACGAGGCGCAGAUACUUCACGUGACUUCCCACGGAGAAGACGGCACGCACUGCCUGACGAAACAUUGCGUGACGGUAGCUGCGUCCAGUAUAAACAGUAUAGAUUGGUCCGUCGAUCCGUGCGAUGAUUUCUACGAGUACGCCUGCGGUGGAUGGAUAAAAAAGAACCCUAUACCGGAUGGGAACAGCAUGUGGGGAACAUUCGACAAACUGAAGCAAGAAAACGAGUUGGUGCUCAAGAACAUUCUUGAGAAACCGCUAAACAAUAUGAAGUCGAAGGCUGAGAGAAAGGCCAAGUAUUACUUCAUGUCCUGUAUGGACGCGAACGAUACCAUCGAGACCCUCGGUGCGAAGCCUAUGCUCGACUUGUUGGAUUCUAUUGGUGGCUGGAACAUCUCUGGGAAAUUCAAUCUGAGCUCGUGGUCUUUGCAGAACAGCAUGCAACUUCUGCAAAACGUUUACAACAUGGACGGUUUAUUUACAUGGGCGGUGAACGAGGACGAUCGAAAUAGUACCAGGCACAUUAUACAAAUCGAUCAGGGAGGUCUGACUUUGCCAACCGCUGACAAUUACUUGAACGUUACCGAGAACAGCAAAGUGUUGCUUGCCUAUCUAGACUACAUGACGAAGAUCGGCGUGCUGCUAGGUGGCGAGAAGAACGCGACCAGGGUACAGAUGCUCGAGGUGAUCGAUUUCGAGACGAAGCUGGCCAAGAUCAUGACGCCUCUGGAGGAACGUAGGGACGAAGAAAAGCUUUACAACCCGAUGACGUUGAACGAGCUUCAACGUAAAGCACCUUUCAUGUCUUGGGUGGACUACUUUCAAAACGCGACGCGUUUAGUCAACAAGAAGAUCAGCAGCGACGCGACGAUCGUCAACUUCGCACCGGAAUAUUUUGUCAAGUUGUCGAAACUCGUGCUGGAGUACAACAAGACGGACGCUGGAAAAGUAAUACUGAAUAACUACCUGGUUUGGCAGACCGUGAGGCCCCUGACGGGGUGCUUGUCGAAGCCCUUCCGUGACGCUUACAAGGGCCUCAGGAAAGCCUUGAUCGGCUCGGAGGGCCGCGAGGAGCAGUGGCGUUAUUGCGUCAGCGAUACGGACAACGCGAUGGGCUUUGCGAUCGGCGCCAUGUUCGUACGAGACGUCUUCCACGGGAGGAGCAAACCCAUGGCGGAGCAGAUGAUCGAUCAGGUACGGCAAGCUUUCACGAAAAACUUGAAGAAUCUCGAUUGGAUGGACGCGGAGACCAGGCAAGCCGCCGAGGAGAAAGCGAACGCCAUCACCGAUAUGAUCGGUUUCCCAAAUUUCAUACUGGACCCCAAUCAGCUGGACGACCUUUACAGAGAUUUGUACAUUAAGCAGAACGAAUACUUUCAGAAUACCAUACGGGUGAACAAGUAUAAUUUACGAAAGAACCUGGAGAAGCUCGAUCAGCCCGUGAACAAGACCACUUGGAUCAUGACGCCGCCCACCGUGAACGCUUAUUACAGGCCUACCAAAAAUCAAAUGGUCCUACCCGCUGGUAUCCUACAGAGUCCGUUCUAUGACAUGGAGAACCCUAGUAGCUUAAAUUUCGGUGGUAUAGGAGUCGUCAUGGGCCACGAGCUGACUCACGCGUUCGACGAUCAAGGAAGGGAAUACGAUUUACACGGGAACUUGAAUCAGUGGUGGAACAACGCGACGAUAGAAAGGUUCAAAAAUAGAACGGAAUGUUUCGUAGAACAGUACAACAGCUUCGAGAUACACGGUCGGCACGUGAACGGACGGCAGACUUUGGGAGAAAAUAUUGCCGACAACGGAGGCCUCGAAGCAGCGUACCACGCGUACCUCACGACGCCUAAAAGCUACAAGGAUCAGCUACCAUUACCUGGUCUCAAUCUAACGCAUCGUCAGCUGUUCUUUCUGAAUUUUGCUCAGGUCUGGUGUUCAGCUGCAACGUCCGAGGCGAUUGUUCUCCAAAUCGAGAAAGAUUCUCAUUGUCCGGCGAAAUUCAGAGUGAUAGGACCUCUUUCGAAUCUCCCCGAGUUCGCUACCGAAUUCAAUUGUCCGAAAGGCUCGCGAAUGAAUCCGGUUCACAAAUGCGAGGUGUGGUAACGCGCCAUGUUUUCGAUCGCUCUGAUUUCCGGUGUAGCGAACGAGUCGUCGAAUGGCUCCUUUUCGAUUCAAUUCGUGCAAUCAACGAGUCGUUCGAUGAAGGACCGAAUUACUUGAAUCGGUCGAGGGCAAUCCUCUUGGCGGAUCAGCGAUUCAAAUGUCGACGAUGAAUCUUCGGGAGAUGUGUUGCGCAACAGCGCGAUCGUCUUUGGGGAUCGCUGACACCUCGUUCAUGCAAACGACGAUGAAAAUGUUCGAAUUCCAUUUCAAUGUCGUUCGAAUGGGUUCGAAUGGUGCGUAACGAGGGCAUUGAUUUUACGAUGCGAUAUUAUUCGGACCGGUCAAGUACUUCCAUUUGUUGAAUCCUCGAUCGUUGAUUUAUCGAGAACCGUCGAGAUCGCAACGUGCCACACUUUUGGGACUCCGUAUGUUUGCAACGAAUGCCAGAGAUGCAAUUUUAUAUACCGAUCCAAGGUCCGAGAUUUCGCGUAUAGGACGAAAGUUGAGCGUUUCUCACGGUGCAAAACUUUUGCGCGUUUAGGCGUCUCGAUUCUUUCGGAACAAUCGAUAGGAAUGCUCGCUACGCGACCAUCAAGGCACUAGGACCAUUAUAUGAAUUUAUUGCUCUUUCUUAUAUAGCUAUUUUAACGCGACCCAGAGCGAUAGGUUUUCCGACUAAUCAGUGUUCACUGUGGUUCAUCGCGAUCGAUCACCGAACCGACCGACAUUGCACCGUAAGCGAACGUAAAGUCAUUUUUUACUUUUAUACUUGUAUUAUUCGAUUGUCAGUCGAUUCGAGUAUAGGUACAUUCACGACACGAAAGAUUCAAUGAAAUUUCCGCGAACGCUCAUGCCAACUGGAACGACCUGUAUAAUCGCCGAAUAUUUAUCGAAUUGAUACAAACGUUUUCAUCCUUAGCUGCAGUACAUUACUUUCCCAUAGGUCGAAAUAGAGGGUAUGUACUAUUGUUCAAGGUCGAUUUACUUUGCUUUGCUCGCAUCAGGAGGAUUCUCGAAGAUCUCGAUGAGCCAUAGCGAUCUUGAAUCGCAAACACGGUGCCGUAAUUUUCUGCAGGCAGGAUCUAACGUUUAAGCUUAAGAAGUUUAAUUUUAUAAACAAGCUACGGGCUAGUUAUAUAGAGCGGAGUUAGUACGUUAAUCUAGGGGACGCGUUUUCACGCACUACGGGUGCCGAGACGAAAUAUUUUUCAAUGUGCUUAAGUGUAUAUUUUCAUCCUGUCUCGUGCUGCUCAGUAUUCGAGCAAAUCAAAAAGUUCUCCUUUCGUUUGCUACAGAUGUAUCGAGAGGAUUGUAUACAGUGUAUAGGUGUAAACCAAAUUAUAGUCUACUUUAAGAAAUUAUUUGUACAAAAAAGUGGUGUCGAUAGGUUUCCACGCGUGCAACCACGAGAUCUUUUAAAUCAAACGAAUCGCAAAAAGGACGAGAAACGAUGUGAAAGUCAUUUGGCGCGAUAUAACUACUCUGUAACUGAUACGUCUGUUAACUAUGUGCCGUGAAUCUUUAUUUUUCAUUGUUUCAAAGUAUUGUUAAGUAUAGUUAAGUAUAGUUAUUAGAAGGAAAAAGCCGAUUGUAUACUUUAAGCGCGUAAGAUGUGUCCGAGUGGUUCUUUUUAUACUCGUUUGGUGACGACUGACGAGUGAGAACAAAAUUGUCAGCAACCACACCCUUUCUUUGUAUGUUACAUUUUACAAAACAAGCGAAGCUAGAUAACGCCAAUAAUUCAUCGAUGCUGGAACGCAAGAGAACGAUGAAGAAAAAUUUUAUGCGUCGUGCGAGUAGCUCUUAGAGGGCGGGAAUUAUUUCGAUUGCGCCACUAAUAUUAUACAAUAUCAUUGGAGAUAUUUAUUAAUGACGCACGUGUAAAUCAAAUAAAGAACGAAUUAAAUAACGA